AUGGGAGUUGAUAAUAAUAUAUUUUCAAAUGUGCUCACAAGUAGAAAUGAUCUUCUUGGGGAAAAUCUGAAAGCAGGUGCCGACGCCAACUUGCAUGAUGACGGAGGCCGAACUGCUCUUCAUUACGCUAGUUUUUUGGGGAAUAUUGAAUCAAUUGAAUUGCUUAUAAAAAAUGGAGCUAAGUGUGAUGCCAGAGAUAGAGAUGGCUCUACUCCACUCCAUAAAGCAGCAGCUAUGGAUAAAAUCAAAGCAGUUAACAGACUAUUAUCAGCAGGCUGUAAAGUCAAUCCUAAAUGUAAAAUUUCGCAAACUCCGCUUCAUGCAUGUGCUAUUCAUUUCUCAUACGACAGUGCAAGGGCUUUAUUAGCGAAAUACAGUAACAUGAUAGAUAAACAGGAUAUAAACGGGUGUACUGCUUUACAUCAUGCAGCAUAUUAUGGUCAUUGUCAAUUAGUAGAUUUGUUCUUACAAAACGGUGCCGAUGUUACCAUAGGAGACAAGAAGGGAAGAACAGCUGCACAUUGGGCGGCAAUUGGAGCCAAGACACAAGUCUUCAAUUUACUUCUGAAAGCUGGAAUUGAUAUCAACGUGGACACAUAUGAUAAACAAACUCCAUUACAUUAUGCUGCGAUGUCAUCCUCCAUGGAAAUGGUUGGGGUCAUUAGUGCUCAUGUAGAUACUCUUAUCAACGCCGUGGAUAACAAAGGAUAUACUGCUGUUCAUUACGCAGCAGCUGAUGGUGGUUUAGACAUGAUCAAGGAACUUGUUGCUGCCGGCGCUAAGUUGGACAUCCCAGCUGAUGACGGCACUACGCCGCUUCAUGUCGCUGUGAAAUAUGCUGAUAGAAGUAUAACUAACUAUAUCAUCACCAAUUUGUCCGUCAAACGCAUCAAUGAUAUCACCAAGAAUGGAGCAACUGCCCUCCAUCUAGCAUGUUUGUCUGAGGAUUAUAAAAAAGCAAUGAAGCUAUUAUCAGUUGGCGCUCGUGUGGAUGCGAAGUGUUGGGAUGGAAGUACUCCUUUACAUUAUGCUUGUUUGAAUAACCAAUAUAUAUUAAUUAAUGCUUUUCUACAAGCAGGCUGUGAUAUUAAUGCAAAAAUGACCAAUGGAAUCACUCCUUUGCACGUUGCGGCUAUGCAUUGCUCAGUGGAAGCUAUUGAUUUACUUAUCAAUUUGGGAGCUAAGAUUGACAUGAAGGAUGAAAACGGGAUAACACCUUUGAUGCUGGCAUCCAAAGAUCCUGAGAGUACUGCUGCAGCACGUAUUUUAUUGGAUAACGGCGCUGAAGUUAAUACUCGAAGUAGAAAAGGGUGGACAGCUCUGCACUUUGCUAUUCUCAAUUCUAGUAGAGAGAUGAUAGGUUGUUUACUCGAAGGAGGAGCAGAUAUAGCAGCUGGUGAAAAUAAAAACAGGACUCCACUUCAUUUUGCUGUUCUUGGACAACGUGAUGACUCUAAUGUCGUUAUAGCUAAGGCUUUAUGCGAGUUCAAACCAGAUCUUUACAUGACGUUCGAUUCAAGUAGGCUUCUGCCUGUUCACUAUGCCGCUGCUUUUGGAAACUCAGACUGUUGCAUACUCUUCUUGGAGAGAAUGUUCAAUGAACACAAAGCAACGUUCUACCAUUCAGGGUUAACACCACUUCAUUUCGCUUGUAUGCACAAUAAACCCGAUGUUGUUGACGUUUUAUUGACCUGGGAGAGAAAUAAAAUCACCCAACAAUCUCUUGCUCAACAUGCUGAUGCAACUCAUAAGAUUCCGCUUCAUUAUGCUAUGCAAGCUGGUCAUCUUGAAUGUGUCAAACUCCUUCUUCAAGUCAACCCAAAAUCUCAAUUGAACUGGUACGACAGUAAUGGAGCAACUCCACUUCAUUUGGCUGCAGAAGCAGAUCAAACGAACUGUAUCGAUUACUGCUUGAGCUUACCUCCAGAAUAUUUAAUGGUUAACAUUCUGGACAAUUCAAAAAGAACUUCUGGUAUGAUCGCCCUUACCUCAUGCAAAAAACCAUCGUAUCAACUUAUACAAUUGUCUAACAAACAUCUUGUUGAUAAACAUGGCAGAGGGUAUCUUCAUAGAGCUGCUGCUAGCAAAAGUUCGGAAUGUUUCGAAUUACUUCUUGGCUCUUGCGACUUGAACGCCAGAGAUAAGCAGUUGGUUACUCCUCUUCAUAUAGCUGCUGCGUUAGGAAAUAAUGAUUUCGUUCUUCAACUCAUAAACGCUGGAGCGAAUGUUGAUGUAUUUGAUUACAGAGGAUUAUCUCCUGCGGAUUGGGCUUCCUGUCAUGGCCAAGUAAAAGUGCUGAAGCAUUUAAUGGAUCCAUCUAAAUGGACGAAUGGUCAACUGCAAGCAAAUGUCAACAAAAGUCCUUUAUCGGAUAAAGCAUUGAUUUUGGCAGCUAAAGAAGGACAUUAUGAAACAGUUUCUUAUCUUCACGAUGGGAACUACUGUUCAUUAGGAGCGACAGAUCAUACCGGGAGAACCGCCUUACAUUGGGCAGCACAGAACGGACACUACGAAGUGGUGGAAUACUUGGUCGAGAAAAAUGCUGAUUUGGAUUGCUUGGAUAAAGAUAAGAACACUCCAUUAAUGCUCUCAGUGAAUAAGAACCAAUAUUCUACAGUCACAGAUCUACUUAUCAAUAAAGGAUGUGAUCCUAUGAUCCAAGAUGUAAAUGGGAACACAGCAUUACAUCUCGCGACUUUAAACAAAAAUGAGGAGGCAAGUAGGAUAAUAUUUGACAGUCUAUUGAGUCUCUCGGAUAAGGAAGUGUUAGCAACUAAGAACAAUAACGGAGAGACCUUUGUUCACUGUGUCGCACAAUCAGGUCUUUCUGAUUUCCUGAGUUAUAUUCUGCCACACUGUGUUUCUUCAGUUUUCAUGAGAGAUAAACGCGGACGUUUACCGAUUUGUUGCGGCAUUGAUGAUGAGAACAUCACGGAUUGUAUAAUGCUGUUAUACUACUUCAGUCUCCCUGAAGAUGAAUCGAAGCAAAAUCUCUCACACCUUUCAGCACGAAAAUCCUCACAAUCAAUGGGGGAAGGAGAUGAUACUUUUUAG